AUGAAUAAUAGGGGGUGUAUAGUAUAUGCCGUAUACGCUAUGCCUGAGGAUAUGCUGGAUUGGUACUGCAAGCUCGAGGGGAAGCUAUCACUUGUUGAUUUGAGCAAUGAAUUAGACCUGAUGACAGGCGAAUUGAGGUCUAAGGUCAAUUCUACAAUCAGCAAAGCAGAGUGCCACCUUGAUCAGUUGAUCGAAUGCAUAAGAUCUAUACGAGAGGAUGGCCCGCUGGAUAUAAGCAUAGUGGAAUCUGUCAAGCAGUUAAAUUUGUUGAUCAAAAAGGCGGAAAUGGACCAUUCGCAGCUUGAUAAACUGGAGGUGCUGGAGGAUUACCGCAUUAAACUGAAGGAUGCUCAUGAAAUACUAACUCUGUUUUCCAAUUGGGAUGACUUGGUGGCUAAAAUACGAGAAUUAUUAAGUGUAGAUACUAAUGACAAUGGCGUAUCGGCCGAGAGCGAAGUUUCCAACGAGAUCGCAGCUAUGAAGGAUUCUGACUUUAUAAACUUACUACCCCUAUCCACGCUAAUGGCAAACAUUGCCCAGGGGUAUAAGAAGGCCAGAAAAUUUGUCGCUAAGCAAGUGCUUAGCAAUAUAGCCACGAUAUACCAGGGCUACUACACUGUGUUUUUGACAAGACUCGCCAUGUUCGUUGAAAAGGUUUUGGAAGAUAAUAUGUCGCCACUAGAUGCUGAGCAGUUUAGGUCGUUGUAUUUUGCAGAAGCAGAUGAAGUUGGUAUGGAAUUGGGUUUUUUUGACACACCCCAAUCACUGAUGAAAUCGCAUAUUUUUAAGCCAUUCAAGCGUAUAUUUCAUGAAUACUUAUCAGGUUUACUUUCAUCAUUAUCUGAAGGCCAGGAGUUUGCCCACAUUUCAUCUCUUGAUGGAUAUAAAAAGGCUUCUUUUGUCAUAAAAGUGUUUGUCAAGUUUAUACUUACGUAUAUAGAGGAGAGACAGGCUGUUAUUGAGGGCAUUAUUCAAGCAUCGCAAAUAACUUUACAUGUUGUAAAUUCAGGGUUAUCUGAAUUAUCUAUAUUGUAUUUGAUGUUACAAACGACAAUUUCCACGCCAAAAGAAUCAAUUGAAGAAUUAUUGAUAACAUAUUCAGAGGUGACGUCGGAAAUUGUCACUUCGUUAUCCAUAUCGCACGGAGACUUAACUCCAUUUCUCCCCGAGACGAUAUUUACCAAGUAUAUCGAUAUUUUGGGGUGUGAAAUAGAAAAAAUAGUUAGCAUUGAAACAAACGGGCUGGAGAGUAUGUCUCCCCAAGAUAACUCGUAUUCAAGGCUAUUUGAUUCACUAAACAAAUACACCUUCCUGUGUAUCCAGUUGUGCGAAUGUAAACAAGAUGAUAAUUAUAUUAAGUUUUCAGAAUUUGAUAUUAAGAUACCCAGAUUGGCCUCGAAUUUAUUCAGGUGUAAGUUACAUUGUUCUUUUUUAUCGGCAUCAAACCGUUAUUUCGGCCUGCUUAAGGAUAUGGAGUAUGAAAAGUACUAUACUACGUUAGAAUGCAUAGAAUAUCUCAUCCUCUUAUGCCGGGUCAAGGAGCAAUUGCACAAGGCAUUGAAUGCAAUUCUUGCGUUUGAUGAGUUACCUUGUGAAUUUUUAUCAAAGCACUAUGCCACGGAUACAGACCGAGCGGAUGUUUUUGACAAGAAGAAUUAUAGAAUGGUAGUGGAUUCACUUGAGGAGUUGAUUGAAAAGGUGCCUAUAUGUAUAGUUUCGCACGCGAUAUGUCACAUAUCAAAAAAUCUCAGGGAAUAUUCUACAUUGUCAGUUUUCCAAGUAGGUGGGUCAAAUGGCUUACCUACAAGCCUACUUUCAUUAGCCGGCGAAUCAUUCAUAUCACUUAUCCCGCCAUUCACAAACGUAACCGCCUUUGAUUUACCAAAGCUAGUAUUUGCCGAGUUUGUACAAGUGCUAAUUGAGAAUGUGAAGAAGAUUCACAGGUUAAGCAAAUCGGGGGCUCAGCAGCUAACAACCGACUUAAAAUACGUGGCGCAAACAGGCAGUGCAUUUGGAUUACGAAGCAAUCAGCUUAACAAUUUGAUAGAGAAUGUAGAAGCGGCUUUGUCUGGCCGUCCUUACGGUGAUCCGUGGCUGUGCAGUUUGACUUCCGAGUGGUAG